AUGCCACCACCCACGGCUGCUCCUACAAUAAUUCCUGUAUAUGAUGACGAUGAUGAUGAUGAUGGUGGUGGCGAUGAUGAUGUUGGUGGAGGCACUGAGAUAGAAGAUGGCGGUAUUGGUACAAGUGACGGAGGAGGUGGCAAAGCCAAGCUGGGUGAGCCUGGAUUGGUGAAAUUUGUUGUAGAAGGCGGUGGUGGGGAAGCAACAGUAGUAGGAGGAGGCGGUGAUAGUACUAAUGACGGUGGUGGUGGUGGUGAGUGUGGCGGUGAGCCAUUUGGUGCAGGUGGUGAUGGCGAUGUAGUUGGCGGCGGGGAUUCGGUUUUUUCAGGUGGUGGUGGGGAAGGAGAAGGUUUAGGGGGAGGGGAUUUUGCAGUUGGUGGAGGAGGAGAAGCGGGUGGCGGUGAUGACGGUGGUGGUGACGAUGGUGGUGGUGAUUUUGUUGGUGGAGGUGAUGUUGAAUUUUUAGAAGGCGAUGACGAUGGAGAUGAAGAUUGUUUAGAGUCGGAUAGAGGAGGCGGUGAUUGA